GAUUAGUUUUCUUCUUUUAGGGUUGUAACCCUGCCUCAAUAUACUGCAAACGAGAAUAGAGUGGACCAGUAUCCCCAACGGCUUUUGCCUACGCGACAAAAGUCUCCUUCGAUCGACUCGACGGCAGCGACGCGACGGAGCACCGAAGCACACCGCAGGACAGAUUCAUUUCACCCAGAUUCCCGUCCAUUCUCCUCCCAAUUCGGAAAAACACCUACCACGCCUUUCGCUCGAACUGAUUCCAAACCGGUAUAAUGGUCAAUAACAAUGAGGCAGGCAAGAACGACGCGACGUCCCUCGCGGGAAAGCUAAGAAUAGCAAUAUUUCUCUUGUCAGCCCUGAGUCUUUUCCUUUCCAUGGUUAUAUCACAAAUGCAUGGUUCCCUCCUGGUUGCGUACCACCAGGACUUUGAGUCGCUCAUGAACGUUCCGAAGAAAUCGCAUCCGUUUGGCGAAAAACAACCGCGGGAGCAAACCCAAAGGAAAAAGGAAAAGAAAAAACGAAAAAGAUCGCCGCCGACACCGGCACCGGCAAGUGUGCAUGCAGAGACUGCCUUGGCCGAAAACGGAGACAUCAUAAUCACGCGUGUCUCACGGAACGCCGAGGGCAAGCUGAUGAGAAGAGAGAUGAUCCGCCAAAAGAAAACAGACAGCGAGACGGGGCUUGGAUCUUUGUCCGAUUCGUCGGCUACGCCAACCAAGAAAGCGUCACCCGCCACGGAAUCGUCGGCUUCACAACAAGAAGACGCCGGCACAGACACCAAGCGCACCACAGAUCCAAAUGAGAAGCUGCUGCCGAAACAUGACACCUUCGUAACAAACACCGCCGCCGCCGACUACGACGCAAAUCCCCGGAGUGGCGGAACCUUUGCCCUAAUGUAUCCGGUCGGUCUCCCUGGGGGAUUCCGGAAUCAGGUGAUGCGCUUCAUUGGCUUUCUCAAAACCGCGGACGGCGACGGCCUUACCAAAAUGCUGCUUCCGACGAUCGUCUGGAGCUCGCGCUACGACAGCAAGGUCGAUGGCGAACGCAACAAAGACUCAUCGUCGUCGUCGCAUCUGUCGAGCAUCAACCCAAAGGUAGCUUUUUGGCCCGUUCCCUUCGACGAACUGUUCGACGUUGACCACUGGAACUCUUACCACCACCCGUCCAGGAAUUCAACGCUAAACCCAUCGCUGCCCCUUCUGGUAUCUACGGUGGAGGGCGGCGGCGAUAGCGACGGCGAAAGCGAGAGCGACCACUACAACCACACAGUGUGCUGGAGACCAAAGAUGGAUCCAAACAUAAUCUCGGUCGAGGCACUCGAAGUUAAUCCGAAAUACAACAAGACCUUUUCGAAAUCCUUCGUGCCGCUCCUUACUUACCGGAUGCUCUUCGAGCGGGAAGCCUUUAUGAUGGCCCCCCUCCAAAACAAGGUCCUUGAGUACCUAUUAGGGGACACGGUGAUCCAGCGCAACAAGGUCGACAACCGCCCCCUCGUCGAGAACUGUACCCUUCCCUAUGCGUACGGCGGCAUCAACGUCGCAAUGUGGUAUUGGUAUGUGGCGAUGGAGCGCCGGGCUCCGGGGGUGCUCCCUAAGAACCUUGGAAUCGAUGCUCCCCCGUUGGAGCACCAACCGGCGCCGACCAGGAGUCAGAAGCGGCAAAACAGAAACCUGCACUUCCCACACGACGAUGAAAAAUCCCGGUACGAGACCCGGUUCGUCAACACCGUCAACGAAGCCCUCAUCCCAGCCAAGCCCUGGCGGGAUCUGGCCGAUCAUUGUGUCGUGCACCACCUGGGCAGCGGCGAGUCCAAUGCCGACACCAGCGGCGAGGAGAAAAAUAGAGGCGUUGGCUACAUCGCCCUGCACGCCCGGGUCGAACCGGAGAUGCUCUCGCACAAAUGUGGGAAGGAUAUGGAAUGGAACCUGACCACGAUACUGAACCUAGUAGAAACACUGGCGCUGGACUACAACUCGGAGAGCGGGAUCGGGGCCGCUUUCAAUGGGACGGCAAUGAGCGAAAACGAACGAGACGAUGGUUCCCCCUCGUUGUUCAAUUCCUUUUUGGGACUGGGAAAGCAACCCACAAAGGCGUCGGCAGCUGCCACCCCCUCUUUCUCUAUCCCGGCCACAUAUUCUAACCCUAUUUCCGCAUCCCUCCGGAAAGAACUGGGAAAUCGGCGGAAGCUCGGAGGUGUGUUCGUUGCUGUCGGUCGGGACGAGAUGCAGCACUGGGAUCGAUGGAAAGGGGUCGCAGACAUUACCAAGUACAACUACGAAACCCUGAACCGCCGGAGCCUUUCCUACGACGACGAGGGAAACGAGCUCUUUACGUCGUCCCUAGAGGAGGAAGAGCGAAACCCUACUUCAACCUCGGCCACGAAAUCCACCCGCGACUCGUUGCCGAUGUUCGAGUGCGGGGACGGGUGGGUCGAGCACGCCUUCUACGCGAGCGAAGAGCGGCAGCGUAGGCUGCUUUCUCCACAAGGCAUCGACAGCGAUAGCGAAACCAGGCUCCACGGUCUCUACAAACGAUACGGCCCGUCCCCUGAUGGAGAGAAGAAUGCCCUCCUUCCCCUGCCCAACAAUUACUUCGGAGACAUGCUUUCCUCCAUUUUGAAUUUCUGGUUGGCGGUCAACGCGGACAUCUUUGUCGGCGCUAUGAAGAGCUCGUGGUCAAACGAUGUCUGGACCAUGCGAUACUACCAGGGUAAGGGUGACAGCAACUUCCAGUACACCCCCACCGGGGGAAUUGUUCCCAUUGCCAACAAUGGGCUUCCGCCACCUCACCAAAAUUGCGCCGACUAUAAAACUGGGGUGGUGCAACAGCAAUAGAAUGGUAUGUUCCAAAACGAAGCAAGGGAGGAUUUUCCCGGGGGGAUUUCGGGUUUGGUGCGGUUGCGUUUCCCCGAUCAUUUGUACACUAAAGCAACUCAGCCAACAAAAACAUUUUUAAAUUGUAUGUAAAAUCGUGAACUAGAAGAACUCCAGUGGAGCCAGAACCAGUGCAGUCGGCUGCAGUGCAACUAGUCGCUCCGAGCGGUGCAAGAAGCCCCUUGUAACUAUGACAGUUCAAUGUUAACUAUUGAUAGCAACCAGCAGCAAAUAUCGUGAAUGAAACUAAGUUUCACCC